GUUUUUGUGGUUCAUCUGCCAACAGAGCGCGUUGCACUGCAGCCUCCAGUGCUGUAGGUGGCGGUGCCACAAACGCAACACUGAUAGUCUGCAUCAGUUGUGUGUCUGCGGCAUGUUGGUCUCGGAUUUGGAGAGAAGAUCGUAUUCACACUUGUAACCCGUCACUGGCUGCAGGAUGUUCUUGACUCUUGCACUUUUGCGAAAGGGGAUCCCAGGAAAGCAGUGGAUCGGGAAGUACCGUCGACCACGAGCAGUCACCUGGCAGAUGAAGCGGAAUAUGAUUAAACGUCUGGAACAGGAAGCAGAGAAUGAAUACUGGAUCAGCCGGCCGUUCAUGACGCUGGAACAGGAGCGAGGCCACGCAGCGCAGAGGCGGGAGUGGAUGUGGCAGCAAAUCAAAGCUGCACGACAAGCCACGUUUCCUGAACACAAAUACAUUGCAGACCAUCUCAACCACCUGAAAAUCACCAAGACCUGGCCCAGCUAACCAGAACGUCAAAGACUGGUGGAUCUCAGAGUUUGGAGAGAAAGAUGUAAAUGAAAUGAUAAAAACUCACUGUGUUUGAUUUGAUACAUUCUGCAUUGUACAUCUGUAUGUGUUAUGUCUAUAAAUGAUUUCUAAUCAUCA